GAUAUUGAUGGAUAUUAUAAAGGGGAACUUAGAUGGAAUUUCAAAACCAGCCUCACAUUCAAGAACACGUCCUGGGAGCAGAUGUUCAACUGCUUCUUUGGAGGUGCUCUCACCAGAGCCAGUGCCCUUCAAGGUUGAUACUGCAAUUAAGUCAAACUCUGAUAAAGAGGGACACUCAGAAAGCAAUAAUACGGAGGGAAGUAGAAACAGUAAUGACGAUAAAGGGGAAAACUGUGCUGAGACAAUAAUACUGGCCGAAGAGGGGUCAGAUGAAGAUUUGAACUUGGUUCAACAUCAGAUAAUCUCUAAAUGUUCAGAUGAACCCAAAUUAAAUGAAUUAAAUUCUCAACUUCAAGAAGCUAUUCAGAAGAUGAAGAGGCUUGAUAAAAUAUUGGCGAAGAAACAAUCCAGGGAAAAAGAAAUUAAGAAGCAAGGUCUAGAAAUGAGAAUAAAGUUAUGGGAAGACCUUAAGUCUGCAAAAAAUAGUGAAGCUUUGCUAAGUAAUGAGGAAAUGGAAAAUACAAAAAAGUUUCUAGCUUUGACUGCUGCAUCAGAAGAAACUGUUGAUCCUUCUCACUAUGAAAAUGAAGACACCUUUUUCCCAGUGUUUCAUACUCAAGUCCCUCCAGAAGAAUAUGAAAACCGUAUACAGAAUGUCAAUCAAGAUUUUACCCAUGAUGUGGAAAGUAAUGAGUCAUUGAUCAAAGCAGAAAAGAGACCUUUCUCAAGUACAGAAAAGAUUGAGCUCAGAGAUAAACACAGCCAGGAUUUUAUUAAGCGAAAUAUUGAGUUGGCAAAGAAUUCAGGAAAACCGGUGGUUAUGAUUGAUAGAGAGAUGAAAAGGCUGGCCGAACUGUUGAAGGACUUAGAUGAUGGAGAUUUGGGACUGUCCAGUUCUGAGGGUGAUCAGUCUGGCUGGCUGGUCACAGGUGAAGGAUACACACUUGAAGCCACCCAGCACCAGCAACUUGCUGAAAUCGAUAGAAAACUCCAAGAACUCUCUGCAGCAUCCCCAAUAAUGUCCAGCUUUUCUCCAAGGCUUGAAAACCAGAAUGAUCAGGAACCUGACCUUAAUGAUAAUGAUAGAAAUAUGGAAAUAACUCCAGGGGACAAGGUACUUCGGAGCACCAAAGAGCAACGGGAUCAGCAAAAUCGUCUAAAAGAAAUAGAUGCAAAGCUGAGAAAGAUGAAGGAAAAUGUGUUAGAUUCAACAUCACUUCUCUCUGAGGAACAGUUAAGGCAUCUUCUGGAUGAAUGCACAUUCAAACAAAAAUCUGUGAUGGGACUUUCUUCAGAAAGAGAAAAGAAAGACAUUGAGAAUAUAACACCUGAGUUUCCCCAGCUUCCCAGAUCUCUCCCCUCCGAGUUACUCAUUGAGCCAGAGGCAGAAGUCAAAAGCACUGAGAUGGGAGAUGCAGAUAUGCCUGAGGCUGUAGAGUGUGAAAUGUCUGCAGGCUACUAUCUCAGCAAAGCCUUGUCUGGGCAUUAUGUAUCACAAGCUCUUCUCAUUGAAGCUGAGAAUAUAAAAUGCCUCCAGUUUUCCAACGACGAGGUUAUUAGUGACACAGAGGACUAUUUUAUGUCGAAGACUCUUGGCAUUGGAAGACUGAAAAGGCCUUCUUUUUUGGAUGAUCCACUGUACGGUAUUGAUGUGAGCCUUUUAUCUGAAGACCAACAUCUGAAACUCAGCUCUUCAGAGAAACCAAAAACAGAUGAACAGGAGACUGAAGAUGUGACGGAAGAAUGUAAAGAAUCUUAA